AUGGAUUUCGAUUCGUUGCUGGAGAAAUGUGGAAAUUAUGGACGUUAUCAGUUUUUGUUGUUGCUCGUGUAUGGUUACACAAAUAUAAUGUCCUCAAUGCAUUACUUUGCACAAACGAUAAUUAGCUUUACGCCCGAGCAUUGGUGCCACCACGAGCUGCUCGAGAAUCUCACAUACACGGAAAUACGCGAUAUCUACGCACAAACCGAUAAUCCAUCGUGCACAUUAUUGGAUGAUAUUGUGAAUGGCACACCGAUUGCAGCGGAUUUUGGUGAAUGCGAAGAUUGGAUAUUUAAAUAUGACAAAGGCUAUCAAAGCGUCACUACGGAUCUUAAAUGGGUUUGUGACGAUGCUGUCAAGGGUGCGAUUGGCCAAUCUUUUUUGUAUGUUGGUUCUGUAUUGGGCACCAUAUUAUUUGGGUUUCUAGCGGAUAAAAUUGGACGUUUACCAUCGAUGAUGUUGAGUACUCUGACCGGUGCUGCAGGUGAUUUUAUCACUUCAUUCGUGACUACACCACAUGCUUUUGCAGCGAGUCGCUUCAUCUCGGGCAUGAGCAUCGAUACCUUGUUCUAUCUCAGUUACAUAAUGGUUUUCGAGUAUUUGGACCCGAAGAAGCGCACCUUUGGAUUGAACAUAAUUAUGGCAUUAUUCUACUGCUUCGGUCUGGUUAUGUCACCAUGGUACGCCAUAUGGGUGGGUAGUUGGCGCAAAUAUUUGCUGAUUGCUUCACUACCAGCGCUGCUGGUGCUCAUCUAUCCAUUUUGUAUAGUCGAGAGCGCGCAAUGGUUGGCCACCAAAGGCGACUAUAAAGGCGCUGUGCGUUGUCUUAAGCGAGUGGCCAAGUUUAAUAAGAGGGAAGUUGAGGAAUCGGUUUUCGAUCAAUUCAUAUCGCACUAUGAGGAAAAAAUGGCUGAAGAGCAUAAGGAGACCGAAGAGAAGGAUACCUUUAUGGGUCUCUUUAGAACACCGCGAUUGCGCACCUUUAUCAUAGUAUUAUUCAUAAAAUCCAUGAUCACCACGAUCUCCUACGACAUUAUCAGCCGCAACAUGGAGGGCUUCGGCUCAUCGCCCUUCCUACUCUUCUCACUCACGUCGAUCGCGUACAUACCGGCUGGUCUCACAAUAAUCUUACUUCAAAAUCGUAUUGGCCGCAAAGGCAUGGCUUGUGGUUCACUAUUUGUGGGCGGUUUGAUCACUGCCGCUACAGGCAUACUGAUUGCGCUGCUGGACUUGAAGGAGCACGCCACCUUUGUGGCUUGUAUUAUUGGCUUGGGCCGCUAUGUCGCCAUUGUUUCGUAUGAGGCGGAGGCGCAGUAUGCUGCCGAAAUUAUACCGACUAGCGUGCGUGGGCGUGGCGUGGCUAAUGUGCAUGUGGUGGGCUAUGCAUUCAGCUUCUUGAGCGCCUAUGUGAUUUAUUUGAGUAAUCUUUUCAAGCCACUACCUUCGAUUGUCUUAGCAGUGCUGAUGUUGAUCGGAGCGGCGUUGUGUCUACUAUUGCCGGAGACGCUGAAUCAGAAAUUGCCAGAAACACUGCUGGAUGGCGAGAAUUUCUGUCGAGAUGAAAAAUGGUUUUAUUUCCCAUGUUUAAGUAAAAAGCAGAAAAACGAAGUGGAGGUGACAAGGCUGUGA